AAUUUCUCUCAUACUCGGCUCUCUUCUACUAAGAAAAUGAAGAAGAUGGUGGUGAUGAUGCAUGUUAAUGACGAGAGAUCAAAGGAGAAAAUCAUCAGAACAGUUGCUAAGUAUCCAGGGAUUACAACGAUUACUAUGGACUCAAACGAUGGGAAACUAACGGUGAUUGGAGAGUUAGACGUCACGAGGAUCCUUGGCAAGCUCGAAAGGAGAUGGGGAACUGCUGAAUUGGCUACAUUUGGACCUUACGAUCCGAAAAAAGAAGCCGAAACCGCUGCUGCUGCAGAAAAGAAGAGGAAAGAAGAAGCCGAACGCCAGAGAUCCCAGGCUCACCGUGAAAACCAGUUUCUUAAUCCUCCUCCUAUCCAGGCUUACCAUGGAAACCAGUAUCUUAAUCCUCCUCUCCAUCAUUACAGUGUUGUCUGCGAUCAUGAUAAUAACCAUGGCUGUGUAAUCUCUUAAGCUAUUGUUUGUUAAAAGUGGAGUUUGACCUUGACUUCUGUGUUUCAGUUGACGAUUAAGGAUGUUUUAUAAUUUAUUAUGGAUGUUAUAUAUGUCACUAUUAAUUUAGUUGUGUUCGCUUGAUUAA